UCUGCUGGGGGGCCGGCCCUCAGCCCUCAGUUUCCUUUUCCCCACAUGCUGGAGGACCUGGGGGCCAACAUGGAUCUUCUCCUUGACAUCAGCUGAGCCUGGAAGACGCAUCCUCUCAGACCAUGGACAGAGGCAGCCACCGGAAUGCUUCCCCAGCAAGGACACCUCCUCCCCAGGCUUCCCCAGCAAGGACACCUCCUCCCCAGGCUUCGCCAGCAAGGACACCUCCUCCUCAGGCUUCUCCAGCAAGGACACCUCCUCCUCAGGCUUCUCCAGCAAGGACACCUCCUCCUCAGGCUUCUCCAGCAAGGACACCUCCUCCCCAGGCUUCCCCAGCAAGGACACCUCCUCCCCAGGCUUCCCCAGCAAGGACAUCUCCUGUAAGGACAUCUCCAUCCUGGGCAUCUCCAGCAAGGACAUCUCCUGUAAGGACAUCUCCAUCCUGGGCAUCUCCAGCAAGGACAUCUCCAGCCCGGGCAUCUCCAGUCGGGGCAUUUCCAGCCCGGGCAUCUCCUCCUCAGGCUUCUCCGGCAAGGACAUCUCCAGCCGUAGUAUCACCUUCCAGGUCGUCAUCGGGCAGGUCGUCAUCUGCCAGGUCAGCCUCCACGACAUCCUCCCCAACAAGAGUGUACCUUGUUAGAGCAACACCAGUGGGGGCUGUCCCCAUCCGGGCAUCUCCUGCCAGGUCAGCAGCAGCCACCAGGGAGAGCCCAGGUCUCAGCGUGUCCAAGUUCUCCUGGCAGGAGACCCAGAGGCAGCUGCCACUCAUCGGGUGUGUCAUCCUUCUCAUCAGCCUGGUGAUCUCACUCAUCCUUCUCUUCUACUUCUGGCGAGGCCAUACAGGGAUCAAGUACAAAGAGCCGAUGGAGAGUUGCCCCAGCCACGCAGUUCGCUGUGAUGGAGUGGUGGACUGCAAAAUGAAAAGUGAUGAGCUGGGCUGUGUCAGGUUCGACUGGGACAGGUCUCUGCUGAAGGUCUACUCUGGCUCCUCUGGCGAGUGGCUCCCUGUCUGCAGCAGCAGCUGGAAUGACAGCGACUCCAAGAGGACCUGCCAGCAGCUGGGCUUUGACAGUGCUUACCGAACAACUGAGGUGGCCCAUAGGGACAUCACCAGCAGCUUUUUACUCUCCGAAUACAACUCCACCAUCCAGGAAAGCCUCUACAGGUCCGAAUGUCCUUCCCAGCGGUAUGUCUCCCUCCAGUGUUCCCACUGUGGUCUGAGAGCUUUGACCGGGCGGAUCGUAGGAGGGGCUCUGACCUCAGAGAGCAAGUGGCCUUGGCAAGUCAGCCUACACUUUGGCACCACUCACAUCUGCGGGGGCACACUCAUCGAUGCCCAGUGGGUGCUCACCGCUGCCCACUGCUUCUUUGUGACCCGGGAGAAGGUUCUGGAGGGUUGGAAGGUGUAUGCAGGUACCAGCAACCUGCACCAGCUGCCAGAGGCUGCCUCUAUCUCCCAGAUCAUCAUCAAUGGCAACUACACCGAUGAACAGGAUGACUAUGACAUUGCCCUCAUGAGGCUUUCCAAGCCUUUGUCCCUGUCAGCUCACGUCCACCCUGCCUGCCUCCCUAUGCAUGGCCAGACCUUCGGCCUCAAUGAGACCUGCUGGAUCACCGGCUUUGGCAAAACCAAGGAGACAGAUGAGAAGACAUCCCCCUUCCUCCGAGAGGUUCAGGUCAACCUCAUCGACUUCAAGAAGUGCAAUGACUACUCGGUCUAUGACAAUUACCUUACCCCGAGGAUGAUGUGUGCUGGGGACCUUCGAGGAGGGAGGGACUCCUGCCAGGGUGACAGCGGAGGACCUCUUGUCUGUGAGCAGAACAACCGCUGGUACCUGGCGGGUGUCACAAGCUGGGGCACAGGCUGUGGCCAGAGGAACAAGCCUGGUGUGUACACCAAAGUGACAGAAGUGCUGUCUUGGAUUUAUAGCAAGAUGGAGAGUGAGGUACGCUUCCGGAAAUCUUAGCCAGGCCCUCCUCACAUCGCUGACCGCUGUGAAGAUCCUGACUAAAGGGACUGGCCAUUUGCUGCGCCUGGGCCACCUCUGCUGUCUGCUGUCUUUGUGAGAGCUCAUAUGUGGUGCGCGUGUGCUUGAAUCAUGCGUGCCUCUGUGUGUGUGUGUGUGUGUGUGUGUGUGUGUGUGUGUGUUACUAAAGUGCUUUAAAAAACAGGAAAACUGGCUCUUCCCAGAAUCCCAGGCUGGAAAUCUGGAGUUAAGAGUUUGGACACCAGGUGUGUUCCUAAGCGUCUGUAAGUGGAGGUGGAGCCGAAAAUGAGCUCAGGAAGGGCCUGGAAGACAGCAGCAGUUGUCACGCCUCUGACUCUGACUCGGAGACCAGCCCAGACUGAACAGGCACCCAGCAGGCAGUGACACCAUUGCCAUUUUGUGAGAGUCUGGCUUCUGGGUGUCUGGACCAUCUGUCCUCCUGUAAAGCCACUCCCAUCGGUUGAGUUGCGGGCGCUCUCGGCCUCUUGUGGUUGCUGUGGAUUCCAGAGCGGGGCUCUGCAGUGACUGUCCAUCUCUGGGUGAUGACUGUGACUCAGCCUUGCUGUACUUGUGGUCACAAGCUGUUGGGAUGAAUUUUAUUUUAUUUUUAUAUUUAAGAUAUAGAAAUCGAUAUAAUUUUAAGGACUCUCCAAAAAUCCUACGGACCUUGGGAGGUUUUGCAUAAAUCACUUCAUGAGCCCUAGGGGACUCGUGGGAGUUGUACUGCUGUAACAUACUGUGACAUAGGAUGAUGUCAUGACGUUCAUGAAAUUAGGUGGAGUGCCUCAAUGAAAUCCUCAGGAUGGCAUGGAGAUUAGAGCCCUUUCAGACACUCAGGGAAGAAAACCCUCAUUUGGGCUGACAGGAAAAAUGCAAUGCGUGCUGCUCUAGCCUCCAAGGACUACAGCCCAUGGAAUUGAAGAUGUGUGUGCUGCCUGCUUAUCCUGCCAGGACCCCUGGGAAAGUCUCGGUGCCCAGCAUCAUCUAUACCCAAGGGCUGAGCUGGGACUGGGGAGUUAGUUUCUGGCUUCCCCCAUCUUCCUCCAUCAGUCUUGUACUGACUCAAGAGGCCAUGAGGAGACAGCAAGAACUGUCCCAGAACCUCUCAACAGCUCUUCCGGGAGGCCUCGGUUGUCCCGGCCUCCCCCAAGCCUUUUCUCUUGGUCACCUGCUUCUCCUCAGCUCCACGCCCUUCACCUUCCUUGGCCCUACCGGCCUCUUGUGACACUGAGCCUCAGAGGCAAGGUCAAGGAGAUCGGGGCAGCUCAGACAAGCUGGAGGUAGCCAGAGUGCUUGGGCAGCAUCAGAGCGGGGUGGAACAUUCGGAAGCAUCUUCAAGGCUGGGAAGGGGGCCAGCCUUCAACAUCUGCAGAAGUUCCCAGCACCGGGCUUCAAUAAUAAAAGUGUGUGACAUGGA